AUGGAUGAUAUCGAUGUUAAAAUUCUUGAGAUGAAAAUGAUCUCAAAAAUGUUCACUGGUAUUUCAGAAGCCUGUUCAGCCAAAUGUAUCAGUAAAUACAGCGAAGGUGAAUUAAAUGUCGGCGAAGCAGUUUGCGCUGAAAGAUGUGCCCAAAAAUGGAUGGAUACUUUCAAAAACGUUCAAUCAAAGAUUAACCCACAAAACGCUGUUCCAGCUACCCCAGCCGAACCAGCUGAACAAAAGAAAAGCUCAUGGUUCUAA